CUUGCAGUCUCGCUACAUUGUAGCAGUCUCAUAGUCGCCUCUGUCAAGCCUUUGGUUCCCUGGAAACUACCUAUUGCAGAUAAAUCAAAGUUAAGGGGGUGUUCUCCAGAAACCAGCAGGGGGUCAGGAUGUGUAAUCAGGAAGAUGUCAGUCUACCGACAGAGACCCACCGCAGGCUGGCUAAAUUCAACACUAUCAGAGGUACCCCAAAACCUACCUUCUACUACAAACCGUAUAGAUGUAGAUCAGAUAUCUCCCCUUUAACCCCUUAAGGACACAUGACAUGUGUGACAUGUCAUGAUUCCCUUUUAUUCCAGAAGUUUGGUCCUUAAGGGGUUAAAUGUGGGUUCAUCACAUACACCGCACCUAGAUGAAGUUGCAUUCAGUUUAUAGUUGCUGUGAUUGAAGUAUUUUAUGUAUGUACACCCUAUUUAUAGGGAAUAUCUGGUUACCCCUUGAUUGUGAAUUUAAAAACCCAAUUUCUAAGUGUAAAAUUGAUGUAGUGGGCUUUGGAUAGGAGAGCAUGAGAAUUUACACAGUACAGAAUGCUAACAUAUUUAUUGGUAAUAACUCUGAUUUAACAGGACAAGCAUUCUGUAUGUAAGACUAUUAGAGAUAUUCACUAAAGUGAGAAUUCAAGGUGAAUUUCAAAUUUAAGACCAAAAUAGCCAAACUGGAAAAAUUCUCUGCCAGCUAUGCUUUCAGAUUGGUUACUCUGGCCUUAUAUUUGAAAUUCACUUUAAAUUCUCACCUUAUUAAAUAACCCUGUUUGUUGUCAAAAGGCUUGUUUGAGCAGGAUCUUCUUACCAUUUGUUCCUGUUUGCCUAACUUGUUUCCCUACAUUUACUUGUAUGUUUGUAUGACUCACACUGCACAGGGCUGAUGACUCUGUUGGAACUUUAUAUAUAAUUUAUAGAUUAAUAUGGCAGUCUGGAUACCAGGAGAUACAGUAUAUAAAAAGCGAUGUCAUGAGGUUAGAACAGAAUGCAUAAAAUUACACGGAACACAAAGGAACAUUACAUACAAGAGAAUGCUGAGGAAGAUGGGAGUCAGACUGCGUGGAGCACCGACUGUUCAUUUUCACUGUUUGAAUUAAUACAAUUAUUUCUCAAAAAAUGAUAUCAAUUGUUUUUACACCAAUCUUUCUAUUUAUUUAUUUGUUGCAUUGCUUUAUUAAUUUACUAAUUUGCUUACUUACUGUAUAUUCCAUAUACACAACAGCAUCUUGAUUAAUAUGUUGCUCGCAGCAAAUGAUCACAGUUUGUUUAAUUCACUAAACAACGGAAUGAAGAGAAUUCAAAACUGAAUUGUAAAAUUUAAGCCAAGAUAUCUGCUUUAAAAAUGUAUCAAGCUUGUAUCAAUCAAAAUCUGAUUGAUUAAUUUUUUUAACAAUUUGGCUAUUUUGACCAAAACUUUGAAAAAAAUUUUUUUGUGUGAAAUAACCCUGCAUAAAGGGACACUCCAGGCACCAAAAUGGCUUCAUCUAAAUAAAUUUUCAGAUUCAGGAAGAGCGGAGUGCCACCAGGCAGGGGUGCCACUGAUUGGCUGAAGCCGUCAACUAAAGCUCUUAGCCAAUCAGCGGCUACCCAUUCACAAAACUGGAAAGAAACGUAUGGUUUUUUUUAAAGCCAGUUUUGUGAAUGGGGAAUCACUGAUUGGCUGGGAGUGUAAACUGAUCGCUCUUAGCCAAUCAGCGGCACUCUGCGCUUCCUGAAUCUGAAAAUUCAGAAGCCGGAUGCUGCCUGGUGGGAGUGGACAUCGCUGCUGGAGGCAACUGUGAGGUUAAACCGUUUGAGAACGGUUUAAUCCCUUGAGGCAAGAGUGCUCCCAGGGACCUUCUGACACCACCAUAACUGCAUUUACAUGAAGUUGUUCUGGUGCGUGGAGUGUCCUUUUAAAUAUCGCUUCUGUCUUAUUUUUCAUCAUCACUAAUUGAGUGUAAGUGCCAGGUAUACCUGGGGCCCUCAAGAUUAAAGGGAUACACUAAGUAACACAACAACUGAGCAGUGAGACUGCAGGGAUAUGAUCUACAUGCCAAAAACACUUCAUUAAGCUAAGGUUGAAAUCUGAAGCCUAUUACAAUUCUUUCAUUUACAGCAUGUUUUUGCAAAAGAAUAAAGAUUUUUUUAUUUUCUGUUUUUUUUUUUUUUUAUCAUAACCAGGUAAAGAAGUGGAACCUGGGAAAUUCUGGGAUGUGAUCAUCAUCACAGCCGCUGAUAAACAGCAAGAGUUGGCCUAUCAGCAACAGUUGGCUGAUAAAUUGGCACGAAAAGAGCUCCCCCUUGGAGUUCGUUACCAUGUGUUUUCUGACCCACCAGGACCAAAAAUUGGUGAGCUCUGCAACUGCCUUCAUAACAGCCUUAUAGUAUUUGCUGCAAUAGCUGUCCUUGGCUCCCAUACCAGUUCCUGGACUUCAUGUCCCAUGUUUCUUAGUUCUGAAACAUCUGGGGUACCAAAGUUAGCCUUCACUCUUAUUAGUGUGACCAUAACUCGCCUUAAAAGGGAUCCUGUCAUUCAUGUAGAAACAUGUGGGUUACAUGGGGAAUGUCGUAUAGGUGUACAAAAUGUAACCUACAUCUCCAGGAAAUGUAUAGUUUAAAAAUCAGUUCCUUAAAGUCUGUCAGGGUUAUUUGCUACAGUGGAGAAUUGUUAGGAAUUCAAAGAGAAUGUCACAUUUCAGACCAAAAUAGCUGAACUGGAAGCAAAGGUGAAUUGGAAAUUUUUUCCAAAUCAGCUAUUUUGGCCUUAAAUUUGAAAUUCACGUUAUAUUCCUGACAAUUCUUACUUUGGUAAAUACCCCUGUGUGUCUGCCUUCUGCCAGAUGGCUAUUCCAGUAGAUGUUAACGGGUGUAUGUAACGGCUACCCAGCUGGUAAGGGAUAUCUGCCGUUGGAGACGUCCUUGAACUGAUGUUUAUUGACAGGGGUCUCCUUUUAAGCAAUGGUACCCUGAAAAAGGCUACACCCACAUAAUUAUCACAAUAACCAAUCAUAUACAUGGUACAACCCCCACGUCUCCUCCCCUCAGAUAAACAUGUAACACAAUUAAAACAUACACAAUUUUACUCAAGUUCUGGAUGUACUCCAAAAACAGGGGGUACACCUUUAAAUCCGGUACCGCUUGAUAGCUCUCAUUCAGGGGAACAACAUAUCCAAAUUCCAGCUCAUUCAGUUGAGGAGUUCGGGAGUUAUGGGUCUUUGACGUUUUGACCGACCGCACAGAUUCUCUAGCCGAAAAGAGUUCCAUAAGUUUUGGCCUUGUGGUCGGUCUCUGUUCGUGCAUUAAAACCCCACGAACCCCUUGCCAUCCACAGUCACCCUGGUGUUCGCUGGAAUCCCUAUGUGAGCUUAAGCAUAACUACCGAACAGCUGGUCGUUCAGUAGUUCCAGCACGAAGUUAUGAGCUCAUGGAGGUCUCAGCGGUGUUCGCCUGUUUGCGUGUCCGUUUUUAGUUCCAUGCGUUCACGGGCAAACACCGCUGUUCGUGCGUAAGAGUGUCGCGAACACGUGUAAAGUCCCGAAAUGGCGGCCAUCUAUUCUGAGCACAAAGGAUUCGUGUGAAACCAUGCGAACGGCUCCAAAAGCACUGGGAGGUAAAAUACCACUUAACUGUGCCCCUGGGUGGUCCGAUGUUCGGUAGUUUUAGCUGCAUUCGCCAGUAAUGGUAUUUCCCAUGAAAUAGUUAUUCGGUUUUUAGUAAAUCCAACUGUAUUGAUAAAUAAGUGCAGGCACAAGCAUAGUUCUGUUACAGUGUAUACAUAUUCAUGGAAUUAUUCAGUAAAAUGGAGACCACACAAGGGGAUUGGAAAUUCUAGGCCAAAAAGCCAAGUUGGUAAAGUUAUCAAUCUUACAAAAAUCUCCUUUCUAUUCCAUAUGGAAUGGGUAGAACUUAGAAACCUUGUCAAAUAAAAGUAUAUCUUAACAAGAAAAUAUAUUUCUUAUUUGGCAACCUUAUAUUAGUUUCUUACAUAGAGUUAUCCAAUCCAAAAUCAAAUCCACUUCUGAAUCCACAGACUGGUACUUAACCAUAUUUAUAGUGGGCCAACCUGCCAUACCUCCAUAACACUAAUUUCCUGGAACUGGAUGCCCCAGGGUUGUUGCCCCUGAGGUUGCGCUAAAUUUGUGUCCAAACAUUUGGAAUAUAUAAAAGAGAGCAUAUUUAGUUCACCUCUGCUUGUUAGCUUAACUCCCCAUUUAGUGUAAAAGUCCUACUAUUUAUGGAUAUAUGAAAUCACAAAUAUUAUAUAGAAUUCAAGACCAAAUAAGUCACUGGAGCAGAAUCCAACUGUUUAAAUAUUCCAAUUGUAAAAGGAAAACAAACAAGAACUAAAGAUGGCUUGAGCGCAGGACUGGCAGAGUAUCACCAAGGAAUGUACCCGGUGUAUAGUGAUGUUUAUAUUUAACUUCAGGCAGUUAUUGAAUACAAAUUAUUUGUGUACAAGUAUUAAAUAUGCUUGCCUUUUGUUAGUACAAAUAAAUGUGAUCUCCUAAAAUGGAAUGACUAUUAACUGUAUAUAGAUGGCUGUAUGACACAUGGCACAAGGAACUAAAACGUGGAUGAGACCUGAAUGGGGUUCAACCAGAGGAAAAUAAUUUACAUUUUGGGCUGUUCUUGUGUUCUCAUAAACAUUUUUUGGCUUCCUUCCAUAUGACUAGGGUUUCCCAAAUCCUUUCUCAGUGUUAUCAAAGUAAAAUGAAUGUGAUAAAUACAAUUUAAAAAACAAUAGUGUCAAAACCAAAAAAUUAAAGUGAUAGUGCUUUGUAUAUGCAUUGUGAGUAUAUACAUCAAAUCACUAUCCCUUUAAUUGUUUUGUUUUGACCCCUAAUCUCUUUUUUUGUUUGCUGAGAUAAGUGAUUCUAAGUUGCCUUGUAAAUUUAAUUGUUUACUAUGGAAGUAUAGAAAACCAUUAAAUAAAACACUUUGACCAUUCUUUAUGAAAGCUUGUAGUUGUGCUGAAUUUAACAAUUUACAGGAUAAUUCUAAACUAAUGUUUUGUUUUGUUCUUUUAAUUUUUGUUUUUAUUAUUGCACUGUCUGCUAAAGUGUUGUAACAUUUGCUUGAUUCUGUUUUGCUUUAGGAAACGGAGGUUCAACGCUGUAUUCACUCCACUGUUUGCAACAAAUGUAUCCCAGUGAAAUGACCAAAUUUAAAAUUCUAUUAAUCCAUGCUGGUAAGUUUGUAAUUUGAAGUACAAUUGUUUUUUUUGUUUUUUAUUUGUAUUGUGGCAGCAAACAGAUAAAUCGAGAGUUGUCAAAUGUGCCACAGUUUUGUAAAUAAGUAUUGUCACAACAAAAAUUAAUUGAAAUCGAAAGCAUAGUAAGAGCAGUAGGUUGAGUGUGGCGGUGAGUGUGAACUGGUCUCAGAGGCUUCCCCGCUGUCGGUAUCCCGUAUCCCGUGUCUCUAUAUGUGGCCUAAAGUGCAUAGUUGCCCGCUCUUGUAGCAUUCGGUAUUGCAUGUCUGGGUAUAUCUUAGUCCUACCCGUCUAUGUCCUCGGUCACUUCUCAUUGUCCUCUCUCUAGGUGUUGGAUGACCCCUCUCCGGUUCCCAGUCUGUCCGGUGUGCCUUACUUGCCCAUGUCGCGUGUAGGUGGCAGGCCCGAGUUUAGGCAGGUAGUCUGUUGGGAAUUUCUUGGAGGUCUCAGGCUAUCUUGUGUAUGGGGCCCCGGGAGUAUCCCUGUUCUAAUUGGUGCAUGUCGCCUUGGCGGCUCUGCUGAAUAUGCGGUCCUUGCGGGCACCCUUUUUGUCUGUAUGCCCUCCUUCUGGAAUGGAAAUUUGUUCUGCCCUAGUGGUAAGUCUUCCCCGCUUCCCCCCGGGUCUGUCCUGUGUUCCCCCUCACCCCUGCCAGCCUUAUCGUGGUUAAUCCUCUGCCCUACCAGUCAGUCUUUAUAAUCCAGGCUAGGGCCUCAUGUGAGAGCCAUUGAUAGCGGUGUAUUUGUCACUUAGGGGCUGCACUUAGCUCUCCAGAGUAUAAGGUGGACUAAACCAACAGAAAAAAGGAAAGGAUAACAAACGAAAACAAAGCAAAAUAAAAGGAACGUUAUAUGGGUAUCAAGUCCCGUGUGGGCCUGUAUUGCGCAGGGCUGUAUCCAGACCCUGGUACUAGGCGUGUGGGUAACAGUCUAUUUUUCUUGCAGUGCUAUGGGGGGGUUCUGCGGUCGUUGUUUACCCCGCUUCUUCUCCAUUCCGGUGCCUCUCUUCACAUCUUCUUCCUCGCUGGUAAUGUUUGGAGUCUUACCGCUGCCCCGUUCCGGAGACAUCUGCUGUAACUGCUGUAAGCUUUGUAGAAAUCUUGCGGGGUCAUCCUCUGCGGAUAGCAUAAGGAUAGUGUCUUUGUGUGGUACGACCAGCAUGCCCGCUGCCCCCCAGCAAUAUCGAAUACUCCUGACUCGCAGUUGGCGAGUGAUUGGCAUGAACUUCCGCCGCUCCAUCAGGGUCGAGAACGGGAGGUCGUCGAAGACUCUGAUGUGGUGGUUGUUCAUGUUAGUGGUGGGUGUUUUCCUCGAUUGGGCGAUAGGCGCCGCUUUGACUGAGAUGUCCUGAGUGACGGCUAUUAUGUCUCUGGGUGCAUCUGCCGGGGCGGUCGGGGCCUUCCUAAUCCUGAAUGCUGCCGUUAUCGGCCAAGUAUUGCCAUCUUUUUUCACUGGCGCUUCAAGGCCUGCACGGCUGUGGUGGCUGCUGCGGGCAGGUAGGAGCCUUCCGGGCGCGCUAGUCUUUUGGUUUUUCGCCCCAUCUCUCUGUGGGGGGUUUCAGCUCCGAGUACAGCUUGGUUUUAGGGUCCCAAUGCUGUGGUUUUGUGCCUUUUUAGGUCGAUUUUAGGCAUUUUGAGCAGGAGCUUCACACAAACACGUCUUGGUCGUUGCGUUAAGGAAAAAUAAAAUUCAACAUUAAAGGGUUACUCCAGGCACAAUGUCCUCUUCAGUGUUUUGAAGUGAUCAUGGUGUUGGGAAUCUGUUUGUGCAGCAAUUAAAGGAUCACUAUAGUGUCAGGAAAACAAACCCGUUUUCCUGACACUAUAGUGCCCUAAGGGUGCCCCCAUCCUCAGGGUCCUCCUCCCUUGGCGCUGAAGGGGUUAAAACCCCUUCAGCAGCUUACCUUAAUUCAGCGCCGGGCUCCCUCGACGCUGGUGACCUCUCCUCCCUCGCCGACAUCCGCUCCCGAGUGGAGUGGAAUGCGCAUGCACGGCAAGUGCCGCGCGCGCAUUCAAACAGUCCAUAGGAAAGCAUUUUUCAAUGCUUUCCUAUGGACGUUAUGCACGCUGGAUGUGAAUUUCACAUCCAGCGUCGCAGAUGCGCCUCUAGUGGCUGUCAGGAAGACAACCACUAGAGGUUGGCUUAACCCUGCUAUGUAAACAUAGCAGUUUCUCUGAAACUGCUAUGUUUACAUCUGAAGGGUUAAAAUUUGAGGGACCUGGCACCCAGACCACUUCAAUGAGCUGAAGUGGUCUGGGUGACUAUAGUGUCGCUUUAAGUAUGAAUGAAAAAUUUAACGUUACUACCGGAACGUUACCUCUGUCAUCGUCCUUAAAGGGACACUAUAGUCACCCAGACCACUUCAGCUCAAUGAAGUGGUCUGGGUGCAAUGUCCUUCAGGUUUUAACCCUUCACAUGUAAACAUAGCAAUUUCAGAGAAACUGCUAUGUUUACAUUAGGGGUUAAUCCAGCCUCUAGUGGCUGUCUUCCUGACAGCCGCUGGAGGCGCAUCUGCGACGCUGGAUGCGAAUUUCGCAUCCAUAGGAAAGCAUUGAGAAAUGCUUUCCUAUGGACUCUUUGAAUGCGCGUGCGGCACUUGCCGCGCAUGCGCAUUCCGCUCCUCUUGGGAGCUGACGUUGGCGAGAGGAGAGGGGAGGAGAGGUCACCAGAGCCGAGGGAGACCGACGUUGGAUUAAGGUAAGCUGCUGAAGAGGUUUAACCCCUUCAGCGCCACGGGUGGGGGACCCUUGGGGUAGAGGCACCCUCAAGGCACUAUAGUUUCAGGAAAACCGCUUUGUUUUCCUGACACUAUAGUGAUCCUUUAAUACAUCAUUAGCCGGCCCAGAACAAGUGUUCCUGGCUGGUUAAUGUCAAUUCUGUCUGUUUACUAUGUAGAGAAGGUUUUUGACUGGUUGAGAGCGAUCAACUGACACUCAGACAAUGGAAUGAGUGUCAGGAUCGGUAUUGGGUUUCUGGAGCCCUGCAGACGUCAGAUAUGCUUAAGUCACUGUGGUAGAAUCCUCGGCUCCUGGUUGGGUCCAGGUAAGUCGGUAAACUGUUGCAAAACAAUUUGCUCCAUUACUGGGGCACUACGACAGUGUACACUUUGCAUCACAACUAUUACAGCGGCUGUAGUGGUUCUCAUGCUUGGGGAAAACCCUUUAAGCAAUUACCUUCUCCACUCACAGCAAAAAGGACAGAAAAAAGAUCUAUCAGGCAGUCUUUUUUCCUGUCCUUCACAGCAUUGACUAACUGAACAAGUCACUUUUAGUGUUAUGGGUCUGACAUGUGUCAUUUGGAGUAUAAGCGUGAGUCGUCACAGCAUGUUUUACACCUGUGUUGAAAGAGGUCCUGGCUGGUUAAUGCCAAUUCUGUCCAUAUACUAUGUACUGAAGGGCAUUCAUUGGCUGAGAGCGAUCAGCUGACCGUUUCAGCCAAUGAAUGAGUGGCAGGAUCGGUAUUGGGUUUCUGCAGCCCUGCAGAAGCCAGAUAUGCUUAAGUCACCAUGGUGGGAGCCUCAGGACCUGGUUAGGUCCAGCUAAGUUGGUAAACCAUUGCAAAACAAUUUGCCCCAAUACUGGGGGACUACACCAGUGUACACUUUGUUACAAUGGCUGUAGUGGUUCUCAUGCUUGGGAAAACCCUUUAAGCAAUUAACUGCUCCGCUCAGAGCAAAAAGGCCAGGAAAUAGAUCUAUCAGGAAGUCUUUUCUCCUGUCCUUCACAGCAUUGACUACCUGAGAAUGUCAAUUUGAGUAGUACAGGUCAGAUAUGUGUCAUUUGGAGUAUAAGUGUGAUUCGUCCCUUGUCAUCACAGCAUUUUACACCUGUGCAGGAAAGGAUCAGGAAUUAAAUGACACAUCUUAUCUGAUGAAAAUAAGCCUAAACCUAUAUAAUGCUUCUAAUUUUGUGGGGUCAACCUAUAUGUCAGCAUAUACCGUACAUUUAGUCCAUGUUUGUAUAUUUUUUUUUUUUACUGAAUCCAGUAAUCUGAAAUUGCUUCCAACUCCAUGACACUGUCUCCACAGCCCUGUAUUUACUAUGCAUUGGGGAGUGUCUAGUCCAACUUUUUACGCAUAAAGAUGCUUUUAAGAGACACAGUUUGCGACAAUUUUUGCCUUUGCAUUGUACUUCUCCAUCCACAUGUGUCAGGGUUAAUUUUGGAAAAGUAAUGAAUCACUUUAGAUUGACUUCGUGUCCAGGUGCCCCUACAUUGGAGGGAAGGAAAUCUGAUAUUCAAAAUGGACGUUUGUUGUUUUCUAUAGCAGUUAAUGGUACAUUUUGCACACACAAACAUGGCAUAUACAUGAUAGAAGUUGCUAUCUGACUAUUUAAAUUGCCGAAUUACUCCUGAUGUAAUAUUCAGUCUCAGAUUUAGUUUCUCUCUGGUUACCUGACUUCAGCUGGUUUAUUGACUCCUCUUUUGUUUUACCUUUUAGCUGUGUCCCUCAAAGUUAAAGGGACUCCACUCAUUGAAGUGGUCUGGGGGUAGUAUCCCUGUCACUUUAACCCUGCAAUUGUAAUUAUUGCAGUUAUUGAUAAAGUUCAAUAAUUACCUUGCAAGGUUAACAAUGUAAGGUUCGGAGAAAAUGGCGGCCCUGGUUACAGGAACUAGGAGACAUCAGGGCACAACAACCAUAACGUCAUGGGCCCGGCAGUCCUUGUAUAUGUAUGUAUAUGUAUGUGUGUGUAUAUAUGUGUGUAUGUAUGUGUGUGUGUGUGUGUGUGUGUGUAUAUAUAUAUAUAUAUAUAUAUAUAUAUAUGUGUGUGUGUGUGUAUAUGUGCACUGAGGGCCCCCUGCUACCUGUAAAUUGCAGAGGGGGGCUCAGCAGCAUACUCUGUGUUCCUUUCCAGCUCCUCUCUGUAACUUUCCUGCGGCCGCAGAGCGUUGCCACAGGUUACCAUGGCAACUCUCCGCACAGCACGCAGGCCGGUCUCGCGAGAGUUCGUAAGAAAGGAGCUGGAAAGGAAGACAGUGUGUGCUGCUGGGCCCCUACUCUGCAAUGUCCCGCGGCUGGCUCCCUCCACCAUGUCACUGGACCACCAAGGAAUGCAAUUUCCCCCCUCCCUGCUUCUUACCUUGCCAGGGAGGGGGGAGAUUGCAUUCCUUGGUGGUCCAAUAUACAGAAAUAAAUGUUAAAAAAAAAAAAAUACUCCCCUCCCCCUAUUUUACAAACACUGCAUUACACACACACACUACAUUCACUAAACACACUCUGCAUUACACACACUACAUUCACUAAACACACUCUGCAUUACACACACACACACACUCUGCAUUACACACACACACACACUCUGCAUUACACACACACACACACACACACUACAUUCACUAAACACACUCUGCAUUACACACACACACACACUACAUUCACUAAACACACUCUGCAUUACACACACUACAUUCACUAAACACACUCUGCAUUACACACACACACACACUACAUUCACUAAACACACUCUGCAUUACACACACACACACACUACAUUCACUAAACACACUCUGCAUUACACACACACACACACUACAUUCACUAAACACACUCUGCAUUACACACACACUACAUUCACUAAACACACUCUGCACUACAACACACACACUACAUUCACUAAACAAUCUGCAUUACACACACUACAUUCACUACGCGCAUACACACUACAUUCACUAUACACACUCUGCACUACGCACACACACUACAUUCACUAAACACAAUCUGCAUUACACACACACCAUAUUCACUAAACACACUCUGCACUACACCCACACACUACAUUCACUAAACACAAUCUGCACUACACACACACACACACACUACAUUCACCAAACACAAUCUGCACUACACACACACUACAUUCACUAAACACACUCUGCACUACACACACACACUACAUUCACUAUACACAUUGCACUCACUACAAACACACUACAUUUACUAAACACACUUUGCAUUCACUACAAACACUGCAUUCACUAUAGACACACUAUGCAUUCACCACAAUCACACUACAUUCACUAUACACAUUUUGCAUUCACUAGAAUCAUACUACAUGAACUAUACACACUUUGCUCUAACUACAAUCACUAUACAUACUUUGCACUCACUACAAACACACUACAUUCACUAAACACACUCUGCACUACACACACACACUACAUUCACUAUACACAUUGCACUCACUACAAACACACUACAUUUACUAAACACACUUUGCAUUCACUACAAACACUGCAUUCACUAUAGACACACUAUGCAUUCACCACAAUCACACUACAUUCACUAUACACAUUUUGCAUUCACUAGAAUCAUACUACAUGAACUAUACACACUUUGCUCUAACUACAAUCACUAUACAUACUUUGCACUCACUACACACACACUACAUUCACUAAACACACUCUGCACUACACACACACACUACAUUCACUAUACACAUUGCACUCACUACAAACACACUACAUUUACUAAACACACUUUGCAUUCACUACAAACACUGCAUUCACUAUAGACACACUAUGCAUUCACCACAAUCACACUACAUUCACUAUACACAUUUUGCAUUCACCACAAUCACACUACAUGCACUAUACACACUUUGCACUCACUGCAAACACACUACAUCCACUACAAAAACACACACCCUGCAUUCACUGUACACACACUACAUUCACUACAAAAACACACACUCUGCAUUCACUGUACACACACUACAUCGACUACAAAAACACUCACUUUGUAUUCACUUUAUACAACUACAUUCACUACGCACACACUCUAAUGCAUGCAUACAAACAUUACAUACAUUACACAAAAUGUACACACUGCAUCCAUGACACACAUACCACAUCCACGACACACAUACCACAUCCACUAUACACACUGCAUUCAUGACACACAUUCUACAUCCACUAUACACACACACACACACACACACAUUUCAUCCUUGUGGGCGGACUCGGAGCUGGACUCGGAGCUGGCCCUGGGGGCCCAGAUCUUGAGCUGUGUCAGGGCAGCUGGUAGGGAGGGAGGGAGAGAGAGAGAGAGGACCCCAGAGCUCAGCCUGCAGCUCCUCCGGGUCCUUCUCUAGCGAGCACGGAGCGUUGCCGCGGUUACUACGGCAACGCUCCAAAUCUCGCAAGAGUGACCUCUAGCCCUGAAGCUACGGGCUAGAGUUCACUCUUACCACUGGGACCACCAGGAAUUCCCCACCAGACCACCAGGGAUCAAGAAAUGUCCUCCCUCAAUAAAGGUAAGAAGGGAGGGGGGGACAUAAAUUUAUUUUUUAAAAAUUAUAAAAAAAGCCCCCCUACCCUCCUCACUACACAUUCACACACCGCCCCCCCAUACACGGCCCCAUACACACACAUUGCCCCCCCGAUACAGACACACUGCCCCCACAUACACAGCCCACACACACACACACAUUGCCCCCCAUACACACUCUCACUGCCCCCACACACACAUACACUGUCACCCCACACAAACAUACACUGCCCCCCAUAUACACACUGCCCUCGCGCACACAUACACUGCCCCCACACACACCAUACACAUUCACACACUGCCUCCCCAUACACACAUUGCCUCACACACACAUACACUGCUCUCCCAUACACACACUGCCCCACACACACACACACACACACACUGCCCCACACACAGCCCCCCAUUAUUUCUUUAAAUAAUUUACAAAUGACCUUCCCGAGAUCAGACUCUGGAUCCGCCACUGGUCAGUAUGUCGGAAUGAUUCUGUGAGAAAUCUAAACUUAUGUGUACUUUUUUAGUGCUGUGGGACUUUCAGGUUUUUACCCCUCAAUAUUAUUGAUACGAGAUAGUGUUUUUAUUUGACAGCACCUGGAAUUUCAUGGCUUCUUUCAGCCUGGUGUCUGGAUGCAUUUGGUAUUUCUGUAUAGUGAUCCAAGGUUCUGAAUGUUCACCUAACACUCUAUUGUUUGUAUGUUCUACAUGUUGAAACUUGUAGACUACCAAUACCAAUUUGAAAGUGGGCCAUUUUCUUCUGUCACUGUUGCCUAAAUAUCUUGGUAGUUUCCAGGCUGUGUCAGAUUUUAAGUUCCUUCUCUAAUAAUGCUUAUUUUCACUGUUUCACAAACACACAGGGAAGAAAACCACCUACAAGAGGGGUGAUUCAGUAUUUCCAUGAGUUUAAAAAGAUACCCUGGUAGUACACUGAGCAUAGUGUGGAUGUCCCAUUGAUUACUCAACAGGUUUUUAUGGGGGUUUUUUUUUAGAUUUUCUUGCAGUUCAUUAGUGUUGUUUGUGUCUGUUAUCUAUAUCUGAUCUGUGUCUCUCCCAGAAGCAUACUUGGGUUACAUGGAACCCAGGGUGAAAAUGUAUUUUGGAUCCUGUGCCCGGACUGUGUAUUUAUUUAUAUUGUCUCACCAUGAACACCCUCCCCUUCCCCCAUUCCUUAUUUUAGGGAAAUUAACAUGCACAUUCAUGUACAUAGACAGUUAUAGGCAAUCCAUACUUACAUUCCUAUAGACAUAUGGACAUAAACGCACACGUUGUUAUACGUCAACAUAAACUCAUACACAAACACACACACAGACUCAUAUUCUCACACACUGACUCACACAAACUCAUAUACACAGGCUCAUACACACACAGACUUUUAAAUAUUAACACACAUUUAUAAACACACAGACAUAAACACACACAAAGAUUCAUACACACACCCACGCAUUUAAAUGUCAUUUUAUUUGUUUAUUUAUUGUGAGGAGAGGGUGGAGGGGUAAUGGGAAGGGUAAUGGGGGGAAGCAGGUCACAGUGGGGUUCACCCAGCCUUUCUAUUCUUACCAUGAAAGGCAUCUGAAGUUGAAACUCAUCCAUGGGGUCCAUUGGUUUGCUGAUAGGAUAUAUCUACUAAUUACCCAGCUCAAUGCAGCUCUGUAUUGAUGCCAGGGCUGAAGUGACAUUUCAUCCUAACUUCAAGCAUAAGUACAAGGCACGUGAUGGAGCAAUCAGCAACCCACUCGCCGCCUACUCUGCAACCACUUCAAGAAGUCACGGAGCACGCACCUGCCACACAAUACCCCUGCCAACAAUGCACUGGUAGGCAGGUGCCUGCACUGGUAAGAGGAGAAUGCUCAGUGCACCAUGGCAGCAUUCUGUUCCCACCCUUCCUCUAAGUGAUAUAAAGCUAGUUACGAAGACCAGCUGAUAGGAAAGGGAUGGUUUAUACUAAUUUCAAUUCUGUUUCUUGUCUUUGCCACUGUGAGGGGAGAAGCUAACCUUUAGUUUAAGCUGGCAUGGCAAAUGAUCAGAAAAUAAAAAUUCAGGUCUUCUGGUUGGCUGAUAAAAACACUUUGGUUUUAGCUCCCGUGCCCCAAAUCAUUUUGUGUAGACGUUUAGUAGAGGUAAUACUGUGCUACGUGAAGUCAUAAUUACUUGCCUUCCAAACACUAGUGUGUCUCGCAACUUACUCUUCAUAUAUAUUAGGAGCAUAAAUGGCGCUGAAAUUGAUAUAUCUUGGUAGAGAAGAGAAAACUCUGAGGAAGUGGAAUCAGGAAAUGUAAACAGAAGAGGGAGGUGGGAACAAAUAUAAAAGUUAAUUUAAUAUGUAGUUUAAGGAUGCUAAGAACUAGCUGAGGGAUAAGAAGAUAUUUUGUUUUCAAAACCAUCUGAACUUCAGAGUAUGAACUUUAAUUAGGCUAAUAUGAUAUAUUUUAUUCAAAAAAAGUGGCCUUUAUUUUGAUUCCAUUGUGUUUUGUUUUUUUCGUUUAGGUGGUUACAGCCAACGUUUACCAAGUGCCAGUGCUCUGGGGAAAAUUUUCACAGCGAUGCCUCUUGGAAAUCCAAUAUACCAAAUGCUAGAGUUAAAGUUAGCCAUAUACAUUGACUUUCCUACCAAUAUGAACCCAGGAGUCGUGAUAACCUGUGCAGAUGACAUCGAGCUUUACAGUAGCGGGGAUUCCCAAGUGAAAUUUGACAGGAGUGGUAUAAUUGCCCUUGCUCACCCAUCAUCACUCAGUAUAGGUACUACUCAUGGGGUGUUCGUGCUAGAUCCACCCAACUCUGCACACCAAGAACUUGAUUACAGAUCUUGCAAGUCAUACCUUCAUAAACCUUCCAUUGAAAAGAUGCGCGAAACCGGGGCAAUACAUAGUCACAAGUCUUCCUCCCAAGUAGACUGUACAGGCGCACAGCUUACUGCUCAAGUGGUUUAUACAGAUAGUUUGUUUUACAUGGAUCACAGUACAGCCAACUUGUUGGUCACUUUCUUUCAAGAGUUGGGGAGCAUUUUAUGUGAAAUUGAUGCAUAUGGGGACUUUCUACAAGCUCUCGGUCCAAACGCUACUUUAGAAUACACUAAAAAUAUUGCUAAUGUUUCGAAAGCAGAAUCUCAAUUAAUCGAAGUCAGGAAACAGAUCUAUUUUCUCCUAAGAGGUACUCCAUUUACUGUCAUUGUGUUAAAUAACUCAAAGUUCUACCACGUUGGAACAAUGCAAGAGUAUUUAUACCAUUUCACUUCAGAUAGCAUACUCAGGGCAGAGCUUGGAUUAGAGUCCACUGUUUUCAGUAUUUUUCCAGGUCAAUUUGAAAAAAAAGGUAAUGAGAAAGCAUGUGUCAUUCAAAGUGUACUGGAUACCAAGACUUGUGUGUCGCCUUGUUCUGUAGUUGAAUAUUCCAGGCUAGGUCCCGAAGUUACUGUAGGAAAACACUGUAUUAUAAGUAACACCUCUGUCAGCUGUAGAAUUGAUAUACCAGACAAAACCUUUAUUAGUUCAUUAGGUUUGAUGACUGAUGGACAAGCAAUCUAUGCAACCAUAGUGUUUGGUAUAGAAGACAAUUUGAAGAAGAGCGUCACCUCGUUGUCGGAACUGAGUUCCCUUAGGAUAUUUGGAAAGGGUCUUAAAGAGUGUUUGGACUACUGGGGCAUCAUGAUUACAGAUCACCUCUUCUCUGGAGACCAAAGAAAUUUGAGUUUAUGGAAUGCCCGCAUAUUCCCUGGGUUUCCUACUUUACAAAAAUCUGUUGACGUGUCCAUGCAAAUGCUGAAUAGCUUACAGACAAAAUCAUUAGUACAACUUGGUGACACAAAAUUACUUUCAAUAGAAGAAAUAAUGUCACACAAAGAUGUCAAAGACAUGCUGAGCAUUAGACAAACUAUUUAUAGUGAAAUAGUGGCUCAGAGGCAAAUGGAAAGGCCAGUAUCAUAAUUGAAGGUUUAAUCUGAGCUUAAUCCUUGUUUACAUGAUGAUUUUUAACAUAGAUUGAAUCUAGAUUCACAGGUUCCCUGGGUUCCUAAAAUGAUGUGUAGAUUCCCGUGGUCUCACUUUGAACAGUCAGAUUACAAGGGUGAAUCUGUAGAUUUUCAUGGCAUGGGACCAUAAUCUCACAAAGAAUGUGUCUUUCACCUGGGUCCAAUAAAUUAUGCCUAGACUAAGCACAAUCACAGGGUAACGUUAUCGGUGUGAAUAGGUACGUUUCUCAGAAUCACUGAACUUAAGGUAAAUAAUAAGGGUGAUGGAUGAAAAUGCUUUAUUGGAGAGAAUGGCCAAUUCUAUAAAUUGUAAUAUUUUCUGUGGAAUUCGGAACAGAUUCUCCAUGAAUGGGUUGAUUUACAUGGUUUUAAAACAGGCACAGGUUGAUGGUAUGCAGUUACCACAAAAACUAAUAAAAAUAAUGUACUUUCUAUCUAUUCUUUGAAAAUAUUUUAUAGCUAUUGUAUGCUAUAUUGUAUUGGAUUAUAAAAUUCGGUUGGACUACAAAAUUUAGGAUCAGAGAUAAAAUAGUAGGUAUCUCUUUAAAUUAAAAUUGUGGGCAUGGUUCUUUAAUUCCACCAUAUUAAUAUUCAUAGUAAUAUUUAUUUUCAAAUUAAUGUUAAAUAUUACAUUUCACAAUUAGUAUUUCUAAUAUUAAUACAAUUAUUUUAAAAAAUCCAUAAUUCUCACAAAAUAUUAUUUGUAAUAGUUUCCUCCCACAGAAUUGGAGUCCAUAGAUUGUGAACUACAUCUCACAUAAUGCUCUUACAGCUAUGCUAGCAACGCAUUAAGGGAGAUGUGGCCCACAACAUCUGGAGAGUUGAAGGUUGCCUACCCCUGGUCUACACUAACUGUUAUCAGUGCCCCAGCAUCAAUAGAAAAAGCAUUUGAAAUUUUUAUUUACAUUUCGUGUGUAUCAGGGAAUGUUUGCUGCUACUUUUUAACAUUAAAAAAAAAAAAGUAUAUAUUUUUUUAAAUAAACAUUUUUAUUGGGAUAGCUUGUUUGUUCCUUUAAACUUUUUGAUAUAGUUUCGUUGCCAUCUCAUCAGACAUAAGGUGGUGAUUGUAAAAA